AUGAAAUUUAAAGCUUUUUAUGUUUGUAAAGAAAUGAAAGCUACUUACAAUAAAAAGUAAGUAAAAAGAGAAUAAUGGGAAAUAUUUUUCAAGAAUAACAUACUGAAAGUAGUGUAUUUUCUUGCUUUCAGCAUGUAUGAUAUACUUUUCUUUCACUUCGACUUUUUUAUUGAUUGCAUCAUCAAGAGCAAUAACAUUAACAAUGUUAUUGAUUUUACUAUAGAGUGAGUUAAGGCUGAAAAAUUCAAUCUAUUGACGCUAUCCAUUGACGCUAUUUAAAGCAGCUAGAAUUUCUUUUAGAAGGUACAAAGAAAAUUCACGUAGUUUAGUUAAUAGUUUGAUGUUAAAUGUGAGCACUUGCUACACAUAUAUUGAGUGAUGAAAGCCUUGAAAACAUUGAAAAACUAAAGAGAAGUAUGGAGAAAAGAUACCUGAGUGUAAAGGUGUAAUUAAUAGUGGUGAAUUUGCUAAUUUUAGCAAAACAUAAAAGUCGUAGGAGAUCCACGUGUGUUAAAAGAUAAUAAUAAAAUAAGCUUAUCUUAUUUGUGAAGGACUUUUGUGAAAAUGAUUAACGGCACAGUUCUGGAUUUAUAUGAGGGCAGAUUUACCGCUAGUUUUAAGAGCUUGUAAUGAUGGAAAUUUUCAAGAAGUUUUUAUAAAAAGAUGCAUUAGUGGUCAAUUUAUUUGAUACUCAAGCAUUCUCAAGAGCAGAGCGAAUUCCCAAUACUUGUUUUACGGGUAUUAUUUAUAGGAUGCUAAACUCGUUGAAAGGAAUGCAUUUUGAUCCAGAAAUCAAAUUCACUCCACCAAGACAAACGUUUUCAUGGUGGAAGUAAGAAUGCCAUUAACGAGGGAAUUAUUGGGUUUUAGAUCGGUUGCGCUGAACAAAUUGUGCUAAUGUCAUAGUAUUGUAUUGGUUCUGUGGGGUUAAAAAGAAUAGAAGAAGAUAUCCUUCGGCGUGUAGAAGGUGAGUAGAAAAAGCACGGGUUAGAUAAUCUAGAUGAUAAUUAAGUAGAAAAUAUUGCGAAUAGAGUAUUCUUAGCACUAUUAGAUAAAGAUCUGUUAAAUACAGAUUUUUCUUUGUAAAUUUAUUUAUACAAAAGAAGAGCAUUUGAUAAUCCCUGAGAUAUUAGAGAGGAAGGCAGAGAGGUUAAAAUUAGAAUCUAAAAAGGCUCCUGUUGAAGGUCGAAUAGUGAACAUGCUAAGUAGUUUAAAUAUGCUAUCGCAAACAGAAGAUGUUGUAGAAUAUAUAAAGAGCUUGGAAGUGAAGAAGAUAAAAGAGAAAUCAAAAGAAUUUUGUAUGAAAUGUUAA